CCGCACCGGGGUCGGAAAUCUUACGCCAAAGUGUACGUUGAAAGACGUAGGGAAGGCGGAGAGGAAAACGCAGGCUCUCGGGUCACGUGAUGCGACGGGAGCGUCGUUGGCUCCUCCCCCUCCAAGAUGGCGUCUUUGCUGCAAUCGGAGCGGGUUCUCUACCUAGUCCAGGGAGAAAAGAAGGUUCGGGCCCCGCUCUCGCAGCUUUACUUCUGCCGCUAUUGUAGCGAGCUGCGGUCGCUGGAAUGUGUGUCUCACGAGGUGGACUCCCAUUAUUGUCCCAGUUGCUUAGAAAAUAUGCCAUCAGCUGAAGCCAAACUAAAAAAGAAUAGAUGCGCCAACUGCUUUGACUGUCCCGGCUGCAUGCACACCCUCUCCACUCGGGCAACAAGCAUCUCCACACAGCUUCCCGAUGACCCAGCCAAGACCACCAUGAAGAAAGCCUAUUACCUGGCCUGUGGAUUUUGUCGCUGGACAUCUAGAGAUGUGGGCAUGGCAGACAAAUCCGUGGCUAGUGGUGGUUGGCAGGAACCUGAAAACCCUCACACGCAACGGAUGAACAAGCUGAUUGAAUAUUACCAGCAGCUUGCUCAGAAAGAGAAGGUUGAACGAGAUCGCAAGAAACUGGCACGACGUAGAAACUAUAUGCCUUUGGCUUUUUCGGACAAAUACGGUCUUGGAACUAGGCUUCAGCGACCACGAGCUGGUGCAACCAUCAGUACCCUUGCUGGACUGUCCCUUAAAGAAGGAGAGGACCAGAAAGAGGUAAAGAUUGAGCCAGCUCAGGCUGUAGAUGAAGUGGAACCUCUACCUGAAGACUAUUAUACAAGACCAGUAAAUUUAACAGAGGUGACCACCCUUCAGCAGCGCCUCCUGCAGCCUGACUUCCAGCCAAUCUGUGCUUCACAGCUUUAUCCUCGUCACAAACAUCUUCUGAUCAAACGGUCCCUGCGCUGCCGGAAAUGUGAGCAUAAUUUGAGCAAGCCAGAAUUUAAUCCAACAUCUAUCAAAUUCAAAAUCCAGCUGGUUGCUGUCAAUUAUAUCCCAGAAGUGAGAAUCAUGUCAAUUCCCAACCUUCGCUACAUGAAGGAGAGCCAGGUCCUCCUGACUCUUACGAAUCCAGUGGAGAACCUCACCCACGUGACACUGUUGGAGUGUGAGGAGGGGGACCCUGAUAAUAUCAACAGCACUGCAAAGGUGGCAGUGCCUCCCAAAGAGCUCGUCUUAGCCGGCAAGGACGCAGCCGCGGAGUAUGAUGAGUUGGCGGAACCCCAGGACUUUCAGGAUGAUCCUGACAUUAUAGCCUUCAGAAAGGCCAACAAAGUGGGUAUUUUCAUCAAAGUGACCCCACAACGUGAGGAGGGCGAAGUGACCGUGUGCUUUAAGAUGAAGCAUGAUUUUAAAAACCUGACAGCCCCCAUUCGCCCCAUCGAAGAAAGUGACCAGGGCACAGAAGUCAUCUGGCUCACCCAGCAUGUGGAACUCAGCUUGGGCCCGCUUCUUCCUUAAAAGGUUCCGCUAGCUGGCAGAUCCCAAAGGACGUUAUCACCACAAACCUGCACUAAAACAUGGAAGCCGCUGCUUCAUUAGGCUGUGUUUAUGAUGAUGUACUCGUGCACUACUGACUCCUGUUCCUAGCAGGGUAGGGGCACAGGCAAGGCCUUAGGAACACAGGGUAACUGCUGUUCCUCUUGCUUUCCCUUCUUUUGACAGCAGUAAAUCUGUGUCUCCCUCACUGAACCCUGCACAUUGAAUAACAGCUUAGUUCCAUCCCCAGAAAGGGGAGCAGCUGUUCCUUGGAGUGGCAUUAGAGUGGCCACCUGAGAAACUCUGACCAUACUAUCUCCCAAUCUGAUCACACAAAGGAUCACAGUCUCCCAGAUGAACCUUAAUGGAAGGAUAGACCUGCUGUUAAUGACCCAGCACUAGUCUCAGCGUACCAGCUGCUUUGCGCAUUCCAUUAGACAGACUCUAGCAGACUAAACAUACCCCUUCACUUGCCAUCGUGGCUCCUGUCUUGCCAUUGAUUUCCAUUUGACAGAAAAAUAGAAUUGUCAGUUUUGUGUUGAUUGGAAAAACCUGUGAAGUUCUUAAGGCGCCCUCAUUUGCCCUCUUCUGAGUGAAUAUAGGAUACUUAUUUAUUAGUUGCUCUUAAAGUUUUUUCCCAGUAGUAUAUGGAACUUUUAAGAAGCAUUUGAAAAGCACGCAAUUGUAUGUCACGUUAAGAGGGUGGCAAAUUCCGUUCAUUUUAAAUGUUGCCACAUAUCCGGGGACUAAUACUGCCACAGGGAGGCAGUCUUUGUACGUCUCACCCCCUACCCCUCUCCCUGCUCUGCCUCCUUAACUCGGUAAAUUGGUCUGAGUAUUUGGGAUCUGGAAAAAGCCCAAAGAAAACUUGGUGGACAAGUUCACUUCUGGAAUGCAGAAGACAUUUUAAAGGUUAGAGUUUUAGCAUGAUAUGAACUACUAUUCUUUCCAUUUGAUUUGAAGGGGAAAUUAACAUUUAUAAUCUCUUGAAUCCAAAACUGGAUAUUUAGAAAAAGAACCUUUCCCCUUCCUGAGUUUAAGAUUUUUAUCAUAUGGUGUGUCAAAUAAGACCAUUGUGAUUGUAAAGCAUGAAAUAGUUAAGCAAGUAGCCCAGAAUACUUGCCUAACAGCACACAUGCUGUUUUCACUUGGUAUCCUCGAGUUGAGUUGCUAACCUUAAUUUCUGUGAUGUUUUCUAAAAUGAAAAACUUUGCUUGACAAAGUAGACCACCAACUACACCACGUUUGUUGUAAAUGUAUUGUUAGCAAGUGGCCAACGGGCUUUUGGGGAAAAGGGAAAUUUUCUGUUUAUCUUGGUUUGUUUUGAAGUUCAAGCCUUUAGUUUAGAAAAAAGUUAAGAUAGAUAGUAAUAUAGAAUACAGACAGGACACAGUAAUUUGAUGGCUCCCCUUAGAAGAUAAAAAUACUUAGGAAGCCUUUGAAAGACACUAAAUUGUACUCUUAAGGUCAAACCAGUUUUAUGAAAUAAUAUUCCACAGAGUAAUAUAUAUGCUGCAGUGUAAGGAGAAAAUACUCUUUAAUAUUAUGACAAUAGUAAGGUGUAGCCUCUUAGGAGUUGGGGCCAGGGGUAUAUAGUGACAAAUUUGCAGACUAUAGAAACAGUUUAAUUUUUUGCUACCCCACAGAGUGUCAAACUAAUUUUUAUCUCACUACCUGCUUCACAGAGCCUGCUGUGAAGCCGCUGCUCCGUAUUUGCCAGUGGAGGAAAUGGGCAUCAGAGCAGAGAAUAGCUUCCUGUUUACACAUUGGCAGAGACUACACACGGUUGUAUGUCGUGCGUUUAUGGCACACAGCCAGUAUUUGUUCCCAACAGUAAUAAUGCUGAAGUAAUGGGUCUCAUCACCCCCAUGUGACACAGAAACACAAAAACACUUUUGAUCAUAAAAUUUUUUUUCAUCAGAAGCCAGAUUAACUUGCAGAAUAAUAGAGCCAUUAGCUUAACAUUUCCUCAAGAUGGUUUUCAGUGCAAGCCUGUGUUCUGUGUGUUAGGAGAAGCGGUUCAACACCUGCAGCUGGUGCAUUCGGAAUUUGUUGCUUUUUUGUUUUAGAUCAGGUGCAAGAUUUUUAAUGUACAGUCAGUGUGCAUCACUGCAGGCGAAUUAGAUGUCAUUAGCACUAGAAACUACAAUUUUGGAAACUUCAGGCUAAGUUAAUUUGAAUUUGUGAUUUGAUUAACCCACUAAACUUUUCUUUUGUUCAAAGUGCUUACAGGCAUAAUGAGCUAAAUGUCACACAUAUUUGUGAAGAAACAUCCUGUAGGAAUGAGAGGCACUCCUUGAUUUUUAUGAAUGACAGGUUACUGUUUUGCCUUAUUGCUUAACUUAAUGUCGUGAAAUAAAGCAAUCAAAGCUUGA